AUGCUCAAAAAACGAUCGUCGUCAUCGUCGUCGUCGUCCUCGUCCAUAUUCGGUGGCGUCCCCGAUGUGCUCUUCCAGAUCCUCAGCGUGAGCGAUGCCUCCACCAUCCCGGUCGUGUGCCGCCUCAACAGAGCGACCUACAAUACGAUCAAAUGCAACGAGUCCAUGAUAUGCAACUCCUACCUCCGCUAUCAUGACAUCCCGCCCUUCGACCCCAUUCUGAUGAUGGAUCGCACGACGGGGAAACCGCAGCCCCUGACCAUCCGCAAUCUUCAGAAAUUUCUCCAUCGCCAGGAUACGGCGCGGCGGCUGGCUUCCCGCAUCGCGCGAUCUGGCUGGGGAGCGUGGUGGGCGAUCAAGGACACGGAAAUGGACGAUGAAGCUGACCUGUUCCGCCAGCGGGUGGAAAGAGGCCUGUAUGUCAUUCUCCAUAUGGCCGACAUCGUUCGCGAAGUCGAGAGGAUGAAGCUCCCCGCGGAUAAGACGUGUCCCAUUGCGCUCGGCGUCCAUCGCAACCUCGUGUGCAACCGGUUACCAUGCGCCUCGGAACCGCGCAAGAAGGGCGUGCUGGCGUUUGUGCGCCACAUCCAGCAUAUCUACCGAGUGCUGGUGCGCAAGGCCCAGCAUCGGGAAAUUGGUAAGAGACGGUUGAUCUUCCGGUCAUUUCUGAACGAGGAGCAGGAGGUCGACUUCCACAUCGCGCUGCAGAUGCUGCGGCUGUUUCUGGAUACCAUUCUUUUCGCGCACAGCCCAGAUGACGGCAAUAUCCAGAUCGAGGACUGCAGUAUCGUAUGCUGGUUCCUCCUGCGACAACCGGCCCAUGCCCUGUCUCGCAUCUUCCUGGAGUUGCCCGAUGCCAAAUGCUGCAGCGUGGAGGAUCGAGCGCGCAAGGACAACUUGGUGUGCAACUACGCGGCAGAGCUGAAGGAGUACUGGGACGCGUGGAAUGGGGAUAGGCAUUUGGACUGCAAGCGGUGCGAGGCCUGGCUCCGCAGCUGGAGCGUGGACAUGAUCCUGAACGACCGUUUCGGACAGAAAUACGACCGGCAGGCCCGAGAAUGGGUGAAACAGAUGCGCGGCGAAGGCGACUCGCUAUCGCGAAUGGAUUGA